AUGCGGGAUUGGGGAGAGCGAGGGAAGCGAGGAGAGUCGGUCACAGAGUCGGCGACCACCGUCCCUGCUCCUACUGUUUCAUUCUGGGUGUCACGUGUUCCCCGUCGAACAUGUUCACGGUCAUCCUCGAUCAUCCCUCCUCUUUCCUCUGCCUUUGGGUCAACACUUGAGAUCAGGGUGCCCUCUCUCUUCAGCAUGGAGAGGAGAAUCGUGGUAGAGGAAUUUAGAAGGCGAGAUCGUCCUCAACUCCUCCUGUUCCUCCUUCUCUAUGUCCCUGCUGCUGUUUUCGCCUCUCGAGAUGGGACGACGGAGGGAGUGGCUGCGUUGCCUUUCAUCGACAAUUCCACGGAGACGACCGUCCUGAUGGCCGUCGGCCGAACUGCAGUCCUCAACUGUCGCGUCCGCAACCUCGGGCAAAAUACUCUGUCUUGGGUGAGGAAGAAGGAUUAUGCGAUCCUGACGUCGGGUCGUUACGUGUAUAGCAAUGACAAGAGGAUCAAUAUGCUGCAUCAAGACGGCUCAGACGAAUGGCCCCUUCAGAUCAAGUUCGUCAAUGUCACCGACAAUGGCACCUACGUCUGCCAGGUGGAGCCGGGGCUGGAAAAGUUGUCCAGGACGGUGAAUUUGCAGGUACUGGAACCCGAAGCCUUCAUCUUGGGAAGCAAAGAAUAUCACGUGGAUACUGGAUCUAAAAUCUCCCUCGUCUGCAUCAUUGAAAAGAGUCCCCAGCCGCCGGAGUACGUGUUUUGGUACCACAACGGGAGAAUGCUGAACUACGACGCAGUUCGUGGAGGGAUCAUGGUGACCGUGGAACGAGGGAAAAAAACCCACUCGCGACUCACCGUCGAUAAUGCCCAGGUGGGGGAUUCCGGCGUGUACACCUGUUCUGCAGAAUCUACCAAGCCCGCCUCCAUCUCUGUCUUCAUCACUGAAGGUAUUUUUCGCACUCCAUUCUCUAGUUCCUAA